AUGGCUGCUGGUGCUCCCAAUAGAUUUUACCCAGGAGGCUUGAGGGGUGUAAGGAAACCUCCAACCGCCGAAGAGUGGGAGAAAUUCUCCGAUUUUGAAAAGGAUCAGAAAAGAGGAGAGGAAUGGAUGAGCCGUGUUUAUGGAUGGGAUAUCAAUGCGGAUGCCGAUACUUUGCCCAAUUCUAGAUGGAUCCCGGACAAGGUUUUAGGGAAGGGCAUUGCAGUCUUCAAGAAGGGGAUUGUCGAACCGGGUGGUCGUCGUAUAAGUUAUGAGAGAGUUGUUGUAAAACAAGCAUCCAGUCCUGAAGCAAAAGCAAGGCUACAAAAUGGUGCGGCCAUUCUCGAUCACUUACGACAAACUGCUGAAUUCGACGCCGAUCAUAUAAUUCUACCAACUAGACCAUAUGAAGAAGACUUGGGUACUGGCGCGGAUGAUACCUUCGAUCCUGCGUAUGUUCACGAGUUUGCCCAGGAAACAGUAGGAAGGACAUACACAACCUACUAUGAACAAGGAAAUCUCAACCAGUGGCUAGAAAACAAUUUUGGCGAACAAUAUCUUUCAGAGAAUGAUCUUUGGAGCGUUAUAGGCUGUAUGGCGAAGAUCUGUAUGAGACUAGAGCACGGUCAUUCGACAAAAGCAAAACACCGAUUGCGAGAUGAAUAUAAAUCAGUUGUUCAUCUUGAUAUAAGACCAGAAAGCAUAUUUUGUAAAAUGAACGAUGGCCGAGAGGAGCACAGUAACGGCACAAAAUUUUUACUUGGGAAAUUUGAAAAGGCAGCAGUAAUCCCCAGCGAUCCAAUGGAUAAAACAUGGAUGUUUCGUAUUCGAGGACGUGCUGAUCCAAAGUGGGCAACUCCGGAGCAAAAAUAUCCCGGCAUGGAGGGACGUAGCAUUGGUACACCUUGUAAUAUUUUUGGAAUAGGUGCGCUGCUAUAUUACAUGAUAACAGGAAGAGAACUCGGGGAAAGUGCCUGGAACAUCGGUAUAUCAGACUCACCUACUGAUCAAGGACUGAAGCUUUAUUUUGGUGCAGACCUAAUAACAGAGCCUAUCGCAACACAACAGGAGUAUUCGAAAACGCUGAUUCGAACAAUUCUACGAUGCCUCUCAUAUCACCCCAAGGAUCGAAUUGAUGCAAAAGAACUCCAAGCAUUGAGCGAAAAGGCAUUGAACCUCGUUCACAGACAACGUAUGCCAGGAGAAGUGCAAUAUAAUCCGGGCGAUCCCGCCGUCCUUCUUGAACCACAGGAAGAAUUGCAGCCUAAUGACUACACUCCCUCAGAUCUGAGCCUCAAGAUAUACAACCCGCCCCCAGAUCAGCCUGAGACGUUGCGAGCCAGAGCCGAUAAAUGGCUUAAACGUUUCUUCCUAUUCCCCGACAGCGCGAGGAGUCAACAAGCGAGAGAGAAACAACGAUUAGAAUAUGAGAGACAAGCCGAAUUACAGAGACAAGCAGAGGCCGCAGAAGCGGCCAGAAAGCAGGCACUGGCUGAUAUUGAGGUUGCUGCAGCAGAGGAACUUCGUCUUCAAAUUGAAGAGGAAGAAGAAGAAGACCGUAGAAUAGCCAAACAACGUGCAGAGAAGAGAGCUAAAAUGGCUGCGGAAAUAGCACGAAGGAAGGCAGCCGCUAGUGGUGAAGGGGAGAAACAGAUACUACUACCUCAACCUGUUCGUAAACGUGAUCGAUCUCCUGAGCCUGUUGAAGAGAGAAGCCGUAAAAGAGCCCGUUCUGCAUCACCUGUUAGAGCCAAUACCCCAGAAACAGCGGCGGCACAAGGUGGUGUUCAACCAAUGGAUAUUGAUAGCAACAAAGACAAGAACAUUCCACCACCGGGAGAUAAGGACAAACCUUCUGGACCUCCACAGCCUCCAGCAGGAGCUCAGCUAUACACAUUUGCUUUGGACCCAAACAUAGAUAUUGAAGAGGACCCGCGAAUACGCGGUGAUCCUUCUUUCCAAGUUAAUUAUGCUGGUAUAAAUACCGCCGUAGAGAAAUUUGACAACAACCCCACUUUUUGGAAGGAUCGGGCUUGGUGGAAGGGUAAUCUCUUUGAGAAAGCGAAUCUUCCGCCAGAGGGCAAAGCCUUUUAUGAUUUUAUCCAUAGUAAGCAUGGGAAGAUACCCCAAGCGUUUUCAUGGUCAGCUCAAGCAUUGGCAUUGCGCAAGGAGGCAAAGGAGAAUCAGGAACAAAUUGAGAAAGAAAAAGAAAAGGAGAGACAAGAGAGGGAAAGACAAGAGAGGGAAAGACAAGAGAGGGAAAGACAAGAGAGGGAAAAGGCCAAAGCCAAAGAGGAAGAGAAAUCGAGAGUGCGACGAGCCUACUUGGACGAGUUAACGCGAAGCAAUGAGAGAGACAAUGCAAGAAAACAACGAAUUGAAAAGAAUAAAUGGAAUCCACGACGCGAUUGGAAAAUUGAUAUUGAUCCUGAAUACAAAUUUAAAUACGGUGAUGUGACAUAUCCUGUUCGAGCUCUGCAGCAUUUUCGAUCGCCGCCAUUUCCGUGGAAAGAUUAUGCUUGGUGGGAGGGCGCUCUUAUGAAGAAGACUGAACUUCCUAUUGAGGGCUCGCAAUAUUAUCAAGAUUUGGCAGAACAGGGAAUACACCUUGUGGCGCAUGCAGGAGGCCAUACAGAAACAAUGCAGGAGUUGGAAAACGUAGCGGAGAUGAUACGUAAAUUCGACUUAAAACAAGCCAAAAAAGAUGAACAUUUGGGGUUAAUCAAUCCUCCUCUUGGUGGCGCAGCGAGAGGCAUAAACGAUACUCACAAAUCGUCUCUCAGUCGUAAAGCUCGGGAUGCCUUGAGUGGAUUGAACCCGAGGUCGCCGAAAUAUUGGGAAAUUUACAAUAGACUGGGUCCUGGAGAAGAUGUUUCAGAUCCCGAUGACUCUGUGGAGGAGGUAGCCGCUCCACCAGCAAACGCUCGCCAUCGCACUCCCCCUCGAGAGCCUCGUUACAUAAUCGAAUCAGCAGUACCAAAAUCAAAAAAAUCAACAAAAUCAACAAAAUCAACAAAAUCAACAAAAGAAACCAAAAAGAAACCUGCUGUAUGGUUCUGCCCAUACUGUAAUGAGAAGGAUGGUGGUUAUAUGCAAAAACAGUCAUGUGAAAGCCACAUAAAAAGCAAACACAAGGCGAAAAAAGGACGACCCAAAAGCACCCCAUUUGUUCGUAAGACCGCCGCUCCAAAAAAGAAGUCAUCAUACAGACCGCCUUACGAAGAUUACGAGGCUUAA